AUGGCAGAGCACCUUUCUCCAGGAAAGACGGGAGACCAGGUGUGCACCUUCCUUUUCAAAAAGCCUGGACGAAAAGGUGCUACAGGCCGCAGGAAGCGCCCUGUCUGCAACCGAGAUCCCGGAGAAAGCAGCAGCAGCAGUGAGGAAGGCAGCACUGUGGUUCGCCCGGAAAAGAAGCGGACGACCCACAAUCCGAUGGUACAGAAGACGCGUAGCAGCGGUAAACAAAAGGUGGCUCACGGCGACGGGAGCAGCGAGGAGGAGAAUGAGCUCGAGAGUGUUGGCGUGGACUACACGUCCACUCGCUCAGCGGGACCCGUGGGGCCAGAGGAUAUGGGUGCAACCGCUGUCCACGAGCUAGACACAGAGAAAGAGCGUGACGCACAAGGCAUCUUUGAGCGCGGCCAGAAGAUCCAGGAGGAGCUGAGGGGCAAGGAAGGUGACAAGAUCCAUCGGGGAAUCAACAAUUAUCAGAAAUACGUGAAGCCCAAGGAUACGUCUAUGGGCAGUGUCUCCUCGGGGAUGGUCAGGAAGGGCCCCGUCCGAGCUCCCGAGCAUCUACGUGCCACGGUGCGCUGGGAUUACCAGCCCGACAUUUGUAAGGACUACAAAGAGACUGGCUUCUGCGGCUUCGGAGACACCUGCAAGUUCCUCCAUGAUCGUUCAGAUUACAAGCAUGGGUGGCAGAUCGAACGUGAGCUUGAUGAAGGUCGCUAUGGUGUCUAUGGCGACGAAAACUACGAAGUGGGAAGUGACGACGAGGAAAUACCAUUCAAGUGUCUCAUCUGUCGCCAGACCUUCCAAAACCCAGUUGUCACCAAGUGCAGGCAUUAUUUCUGCGAGAGCUGUGCGCUGCAGCAUUUCCGCACCACCCCACGUUGCUAUGUCUGCGACCGGCAGACCAAUGGCAUCUUCAGUCCAGCGAAAAAAGUGAUUGCCAAACUGGAGAGGAAUCGAGCUGCUGGAGAGGAUGGUGCUUCCAAUUUCCCAGAAGACCCCGAUGAGGGUCCAAUUCCCGUUAUUUAA